UUUAAUGCUCUUUGGUCUUCAAUUUUGCAUAUGCAGCAUUGUUAUUUUUUGAUGUCAUAAGCAUUUUUUUUGUUUAAUUCAAAAGUAUUCACUUCCGAAACGAAAACAAUGAUGGAGGUCGAUCUUUUUUCAAGUCCUGACAAAAUUAAUGAUCAAUCUAUCAAUUCACGAACACCGAGAUCUAGUACUAAAAAACGAAAUUUUCGAUCAAUAUUUAAACAACAACCACAACAAUUGACAUCACCGCAAUGGUUCAACAACUAUCGUGAUAGAUGUUUGAACAAAUGGCACAUUAGAAAUGAGGAAAGGCGAGCUAAUCUGUUUAAUCAAUUUAGAAAAAUUAAAUUAGACGAAUGUGAUCAAAAUGAUUCGAUUCAACAAGUGAUGAAUGAUGUUUGGAUUGAAUUAAAUGGCCCGGUUAUCGAUCACGAUGAAAUGAUUGAAUACUAUGAACAAUUUCUUCUACCUCUGAAGCAGGAGCUGAACGAAAUGGACCGCUGUUAUCCGGAUGAAAGUGAUACACUUGAAUGGCAAGAAUUGUUGGACAAUCAAUACACAAUCACUUGUAUGCUGUGUUGGCGUGCAAUAUGGACAUUGGAACAUAGACAAGAAUCGACCGAGAUUAGAUGUUCGAAUUGUGGAUUCACAUUAAUAACUAGAUUAAUUUUUAACGAAAAGCAAUUAUUUGAUCGAGUUGAAGAAUUAUUGAACCAACAUAACUAUGGUGCAAAUACGGCUAAAGAAUAUUUACGAUGCGCUGAAAAAUUGAAAUUUCAACCUAUUAUUGCUGGUGAUAAUUCUUUAAAAAAUAUUAAACUCGAAUGUAAUUCUUGCGAUUUUGACGUAUUAUUGUUAUGAUCAAUAUUUUACAAUUGAACUAAUCGAGGAAUUGAUUCAUCAAUUCUGGCAUUGUAUUCGAUACAUAUUCACUGAAACACCAACAAACUAAAAUAUACGUUAUUACAUUUA